AAACUGUCAUUUACAAUUUCAACACACACGCUAUCUGUCACUUUGUGCCAAUUUAAACGUUUUUUUGGAUGAAACUGAACCAUUUAUUAAGUGAAUCGGUUAUUAAUUCGAUCAAAAAGUUCCAAUAAAUCGCUUUGUGCGUUACCGGGUCAAAAUUUUCGCAAUCCUUGCGGGAAUUAGUGCGCGACCGCACCCACUUGGUUCAAUUAAACGAAAUCCGUCUACGGAAGAAGCCAACAUAGGCCUCUCAGAUACCGCGUUGAUGGACAUGGUUGUGUCAAAUUUACAACAACAACGUGCUGUGACGGAGCAGUUGCGCCGCGAGGCCGGUAUAAAAAGAAUUCCGGUGUCGCAAGCUGUCGAAGAGAUCAUCAAAUACAUCUCGGAACAUGAACAGGAAGAUUGUCUUUUGGUUGGGUUUUCCAAUCAGCGUGUGAACCCGUUCCGCGAGAAGAGUCCGUGUACGAUUAUUUAAAAGGAUGUAUUUAUUAAUUUCGUUAUUAUUUAAAAGAAAAAUGGAUAAAAGUAUCUUAAUUUUUAAUAUUUACAAUGCGCCUAAAUGUAAUAAGAAUAACCUCUUUUAAAUCGGUGUUUAUAGAGGAUAAUGUAUCUAAAAAUGUGUUUGAUUUAAUCUUUUUUUAUUUUGUAAGGUUUUUAUCAAUAUAAAAAUGUAAUGUAGG